GGGCACAGGAAAAUCUGCAUGCCAUCUGCGGACACAGGUUGCGUGCCAGUUGCGAACCGAAAAGAAGUAUCUGCGGUCACCUGCAUGCAGACCAAGCCAGUUGCAUGCAAAUUAAACCUAGUAAGCUGAGUAUCUGCGGGCAUCUGCGAGCAUCAGUGCACCUCACUGAGAUUUCAUAUUUCCAACAUAUUUCUUUAUAUUUUAAUUAUCCUUCUAGUUUAACAUAUACGAAUCUCUCUGAUUCUUUGGGACUUGUUGGUUUGUACCUAUAG